AUGGCAGAGGGUUUCAAUCAAGUGGUCUCGUGGUACGUGUGCACUAUCCUCGCCUGGAUCUUGGUCAUUGCCCGACUGUUCACCCGAUGGCGAAAGCUAGGAAGCUUGAGACUCGAUGAUGCCUUCAUCAUCUUGUCAGCGUGUUGCCUGGCUGGCGACUUAGCCAUUCAGCAGCACAUGUGGAAUAUGGGCAUGGGUGAGAUACCCAAAGCCAGUCGGGACAAUUAUAUCGAGAUGAUGAAGAUGAUUAUCCCCGGAUCGAUCCUCUACGUCUCAUCACUGUGGGCAAUUAAAAUCGCCCUGGUCAUCUUCUAUAAGCAUAUCGCGGCUCCCGGAACGAAGUUACAGAUUAUCUACAACGUCACUCUCGGAGUGCUGGUUACUACAUACCUCGUCAUUUUCUUCCACAUCAUCUUUCAGUGUUACCCGCCAAACAAGCGAUGGUCUCAAGACUCGUUGUCUCUCGGCCUACCGAUCUCCAUGGUACUUCAACUCCAGAUGAAAACAAGGAAAAAGAUUGGUGUCUGCGCCGUCUUUGCUCUCGGCUUCCUCGUUGUCAUUGCGAGUGUCAUCCGUGCCUAUUUCUCCAAGCGCGAUGAGACCAUGUUAACAUGUACCGUUUCUAUGUUCUCCACAGCAGCAUCCAGGCCUAACUACAACUAUUACGGCGGCCGCAUCGAGCUUUCGUCUGUAAGGAACUCGAACCCCGGGGGACGCACGCGCAGUAGCCGGAUAACCCACAUUGUCGGCGGAACACGGGCCCGGCCCAACGACUCGGAAGAUGAGCUGUUCAAAGAAGUCGAGGCCUACAAUACGCCCAAUUUCAAUGCGUCCGAAAGCAGCAACAAGAAUGGCAUCACUGUGAGCACGACGUCCCAGGUCAAGAACUCCCUGGACAAGGAGUGUGUUGCCGAAUGA